CGAGUUGUCAAAAUAGUUAGUGUGGUGGAGGCUGAGUAAAAUUUUGUAGCACAAAAUUUUUAUUUUAUCAAGAAAAUAUGACUACUAAGACAAAACGCAGUGAUAAUUCUGGCAAGGAAGAUGAACCGGUCAAAAUUAACAAAUGGGAUGGAACAGCAGUAAAACACGCCCUGGACGAUUCCGUCAAAACGGCCUUGAUGAACCGAACUAACAUGAAGGAACAUCAUGCUAUCAUCGACGGUCGGCUGUUGAUCUGUGCCCUAGCCGUGACCACCGCUCUUGUGGCGCUGGGUUACGAUUACCAGUAUUCGUUCCCCGCUUCCAAACCGGUACUGAUUGUGUGCGUUUGCUUUUACUUCUUCCUGAUGGGGGUGCUCACCAUUUACACAACCUACGUCGAAAAAGGCAUCUUCGCUGUAGGAAAUCAGAAGGACGAGAAGGGAAACCAAAAGCGCUGGCAGGCAAGCUCGGAUAUGAAGAAGUAUGACGACAAGUACACGCUUACGAUUCAGCUGCAGGAUUCGCGCGGAGUACGAGAGGCGACUGUCACCAGGUCAGUUGCAUGCUAUGUGGAUUCUAACGGCACAGUGCUGGAUGAUCUGAUGGCAAAUGAACUGAACCGUAUUGUUAACUCGCUGAAUGCCGACAAGAAAGAUAAGUAAUAUACAACAUGUUUAACAUUGCUCGACCAUUCGGAGAUCUCUGCAUUUAGCUUAACAUUUCCAAUAUGGUAAUUUUCCAACUUUGAAAAAACAUAGUAUGUAUGUGAAACGGAAGACAGACAGUAGAUCGUUUUUCAUAUGAAAAGCGAAUAAAAUAACGUUCUGAAUACAGUUUAACAAAACUCUUUAAAA